AUGGAGGCCGCCGCCGCAGGCGACCCCAACCCCGACCCCAACCCACCUCCUCCCAGCCUCAACCCAGGCCCGCCGCCGCUCUCCAUUGACGACAUGAUCGCAAUGGAGGCCGCCGCCACAAGCGAUCCCAAUCCCGACCCCAACCCACCUCCUCCCAGCCUCAACCCAGGCCCGCCGCCGCUCUCCAUUGACGACAUGAUCGCAAUGGAGGCCGCCGCCGCAAGCGACUCCAAUCCCGACCCCAACCCACCUCCUCCCAGCCUCAACCCAGGCCCGCCGCCGCUCUCCAUUGACGACAUGAUCGCAAUGGAGGCCGCCGCCGCAGGCGACCCCAACCCCGACCCCAGCCCACCUCCUCCCAGCCUCAACCCAGGCCCGCCGCCGCUUUCCAUUGACGACAUGAUCGCAAUGGAGGCCGCCGCUUCAGGCGGCCCCAACCCCGACCCCAGCCCACCUCCUCCCAGCCUCAACCCAGGCCCGCCGCCGCUCUCCAUUGACGACAUGAUCGCAAUGGAGGCCGCCGCCGCAGGCGACCCCAACCCCGACCCCAGCCCACCUCCUCCCAGCCUCAACCCAGGCCCGCCGCCGCUCUCCAUUGACGACAUGAUCGCACUCGAAGCCGCGGCGUCACUCCUCCAGCCUCCGCCGCCGCCGCCGCUGCCGCAAUCACACCCUACCCGGUCGCCAUCGUCCAUCACGUUUGCCUCGCUCGGCCUCCCACCCGAGAUUUGCGCGCGCUUCAAGGCCAAGGGCAUCGCCGACAUGUACCCGUGGCAGAAAGAAGCGCUGGCAACGCCAGGUGUGCUCGAGGGCCGCAACUUUGUGUACACCGCCCCGACGUCCGGCGGCAAGACCCUGGUCUCGGAGCUCCUAAUGAUGCGCGCGCUCGUGGCUGACCGCCGCAAGAAGGUCCUCUUUGUCCUCCCGUACAUCUCGCUUGUCAAGGAAAAGGUACGACACCUCAAGCCGUUUCUCGCCCGCGCCGGCCUACGCAUCGGCGGCUUUUUUGGCAACGAGCAGCCGCGCGGUGGGUUCUUUGAGGCGCGCCCGCCCAUCAACCUCGCCGUGUGUACCAUCGAAAAAGCCAACACCCUUGUCAACCGCCUCGUCUCCUCGGGCAAGCUGGCAAGCAUGGUCUCGCUCAUUGUUGUUGACGAGGUCCACAUGUGUGCCGAAAAGAUGCGCGGCUACAUCCUCGAGCUCAUGCUCUCCAAGGUCAUGUACCUCAAGUCACGGCUGCCGGCCGUCCCGCAGAUCGUCUGCAUGUCUGCCACUCUUCCCAACCUCAAGACUCUCUGUACCUGGCUCGACGCCGCUCUCUACACCACCGCCUAUCGCCCGAUUCCACUCCUGCAGUACGUUCUUCUCGGUCCGCGGCUCUCGCUGCUCGAGACCAGCGCCUCCACUGCCGCCGCCGUCCCGCAAAGUGAGGUUCUUGUCCAGGGUAUAGUCCCGGGUGGCUCGCACGAGGCCCGCCUGCUCUCACUUGUCCUCGACGUCGUUGCCAUGUCCAAGUCGGUGCUCAUCUUCUGCGGCUCGCGGCGGAUGUGUGCUACACGCGCCAAACGACUGGCGACUCUGCUCGCGGCCUCGCCGCGUUGCGCAGAGCUUCCGUCCUCGCCGAAGCUCGCCGCCGCCCGCCACGCAGUCCUUGACAAGCUGGCAAACCUCACUCAAGUCGUCCACCCGGUCCUUGCACGCACCAUCCCGUUCGGCUUUGCCUUUCACCACGCUGGCCUCACCGUCCAGGAGCGAUCGGUCAUAGAGUCCGCGUUCCGCGACGGCGUCCUCCACACUCUCGCUGCCACCUCGACGCUCGCGGUCGGCGUCAACCUGCCCGCACGUCGGGUCAUCCUCGACUCGCCGCGCCUCGGCUUUGGCUUUCUCGACGCCGCAAAGUACCUGCAGAUGUGCGGCCGCGCCGGCCGUGCCGGCCAGGACACGCUUGGGGAGUCGAUCAUGUGCAUCAAUCCGCGCGUCGCCUCCGAGGUGGAGUGGUACAACAACGUGCUCAACGCCGCGUCCGGUCUCGCGCCGCUGGCCUCGUCGCUCGCUUCGGCAGAAAUCGGCCUCACCCGCAUCUUGCUCGAAGGCAUCGCCGCCAGCGUCGUCACCUCGGUCGCAGACUCGCGCGCAUUCUUGCAUGCCACCCUCUACGCCCGGCUGGCGCAGGAGAGCGGUGUGGCACCCGCUUCACAACUCCCGGAAGAACUCGAGACCGCGCGCGCGGCUGCCAUUUCAUGGCUCGCUAGCCACGACUUUGUGGCUGUCGGCCGCGCAGGGGGCGCUGCGGGUGCCGAAGGCCUCGCCCCGACCCACAAGGGCGUGGCGUGCGUGGCGUCGGCGCUGACGCCCGACCAGGCGCUGGUUGUCUAUGACGAGCUGCUCAAGGCCUCGCAGGGCAUCAAUCUGCAAACCAUCCUGCACCCACUCUACCUCGCCACCCCCAUCGACUUGCAGUUUUUCAAGGCCACCUCAGUCUCGUCGUCGCGCGGCAAGUGGGUUCAGUUUGCUGAAGCCCUUCACAACAUGGGCAGUGUGACCGAGGAGGUUAUGACGGCCAUCGGGCUGUCGGCCAAGUACGUCAUCGACAAAUCUCACGGUGCGCCCUUCUCCAAGGCCCAGCGCGAGGCGCUCCAGCUAUACAAUAGGUUCUACGUGCCGCUCGUCGAGAUCGAGCGCAAGUACUGCAUCGACCGCGGCGAGAUCCAGUCGCUGCAGGCCAUGGCUGCCUCGUACGUCGGCAUGAUGGAGGUCUUCUGCAACCGCCUCUCGUGGGACAUGAUGGAGGCCAUGUGCAAGACGCUCAAGCCGCGCCUCGAGUUUGGCGUCCGCGCCAAGCACAAGUUUCUCAUGGCCCUCCCGUCCAUGACCCUCACUGCCGCCCGCAUCCUCUACGACGCCGGCAUCACACGGACCAUCGACGUCGCCACCGCAUCUGUCGACGACCUCGUCUCCAUCGUCGCCUCCAACACCUCGUUUAAGGACAACACCUCCGAUCGCCAUCGCUUCAUCGCAACGCUCCGCGACCGCAUGGCCGCCGUCCGUGACGAAGCCUACGAGGAGCUCUGCGAAAUGGCGAAGCAGACCGGCGCAGAACCACCAUCUCGCGAGGCCCUCGCCGCCCUCCCCAACCAGGCCCUCGACUUUCGCUCCGCCGCCGCUCGCCCCAGCUCGCUCCAUCACUCGUAG